AUGCUUGCGAUCACCACCACCACCACCACCACCUUGACGCUGGCAGCUGGCAUCAUGAACCCACACAUUCCGUCCGGUGCGACAUCGUCGGCGACACUGUCCAACAAGGAGAAGCACUAUGCGCAGCUGGCGGCCAAGCUAGGCGCGCUCGCCACCACCUUUGACACCACCAAGCAGCAUCUCAACCUCGCCGCCGAACAGGCGUUCUACAUGCGCAAGCUCGGCAUCGCGCAGGCAUCCACAACAGGCGAGCUGCAGGGGCUAGCGGGAGUCAACCCAGCAGAGCCACCCAGCAGAGCAACCAACACCGCACCGGUCCAGCAGCCCAACGCACGCUUGCACGCACGCACGCAUCACCUCUCGCAGCAGUUGCAUUUCUCCAUCUUGCCUCCGUCCUCACCACCACCCUCGGCGUCAACCGCCAUCGUAUCCAGUGCGACUCCCAUGGCGGAUCCAAAACGCGCCGCAUCGGCCUCACGCAGCCCAUCGCGUGCACAGCCCAACUCGGGGCUCACCGUCUCCACUCGGCCACCCGCGGCUGAUACCGCCAACGACCAUGUCGAACACCGCAACGCUCAUCAAUCUGCGCCGUCCUCCGCACGCCCUCGUCUAGCCGGUCGCCGCACCAUGUCCUCCAAGUCCGACACCAGGCGUCUCUCUUCGCUCUUUGUGCCUCCCACCUCGGACGCACAACAAACCACGGACAACGCUGCCCAGCCGCACUCCUCCUCCCGUCUCGCCGCCCUCUCCAAGGGCAUCUCGGGCGCACUCUCCGGCUCCGCCUCCAUCGCCUCUCUCCGAGAGCCCCUCAGUCCGAUUCGCUCCUUCUAUGGAGGCCUCACAGGCCAGGCCAUCCCCGGCUCCCGCAAGCGCUCCAAGCAGGACUUUCGCUCCUACGACGACGCCACCUUUGAAGACGAAAUGAACCUUCCCGGCUCCGGCGGCAACGGCGUCCGCGUCUGGUACGAAUCCUACACCACCAUCGACUGGAUCCACGACGCCAUCAAAGAGAGCUCCCGUCUGCGUCGCAUCCGCAACCUCCGCGGCAUCCGCGGUCUCGCAAUCAACAGCUGGGAUCGUCUCCAGGGCUGGAUCAUCGUCACCAUCACCGGCAUCGUCACCGCACUCAUCGCAGGCUGCAUCGUCAAAUCCGAGGCCGUCCUCUUCGAUCUCAAGGACGGCUACUGCGCCAGAGAUUGGAGGCUCGCAAAACGCUUCUGCUGCCCCUACGGCAACGCUCCCGACUGGGACCAUCCCGACAUCGCUUCCGCUUCCACUUCCGCCGCAUGGUCCUACCGUACACGCUUCCUUCCCAACGCCGCCAUCCCCACCUCGCCCGCGGAUGCGCUCCAGUCGCUCGUAUCCGGCGUCGGCGUCGGAAACCGCAUCCUUUCCGGCUGGGCCGCCCCCGUCGCCGGUAGCCCCGCCUGGCACAGGCAGCCAUCCUUCCCAUCCCCUCACGCCAACGCCUCGCUCUCCGCCAUGCUCUCCCCCGUCGACUCCGAGACCGAAGACUGCCCCGGCUGGAUCUCCUGGGGUCAGAAAUUCGGCUCUGCCGCAACCCACAACUGGGCCGCCAGCUACUCGAUGUACUUUGUCGUCGCCAUCCUCUGGGCCUCCAUCGCCAGCAUCCUCACCAUCUACCUCACCUCCAGCGAACUCUACCUCAAGGACCCUGCCACCAACUCUUCCGCCACCGCCAACCUGAACCAAAACCAAAAGCCAUCCUCCGACGCCCGGCACCAUCCCAACAACCUCGACCAGGAGCCCACCGAGACUUCCGCUCUUCUCCCAACCGCCUCCUCCGACGCCAACCGACCCGAUCGACUGCACUCCCGAGACUUUGCCCGUCGCGCCAACGACCAGCGCGCUUCCAAAGCCAUCCUCCCGCGCAAGGUGCUCUACUUUGCCACCGGCUCCGGUAUCUCCGAGGUCAAAUGCAUCUUGAGCGGCUUUGUCAUCCACGGCUACCUCGGCUUCUGGACGCUCUUCACAAAGUCCGUCGGCCUCACCUUGUCCGUCGCCUCGGGCCUCUCGCUUGGCAAGGAAGGUCCCUUUGUCCACAUUGCCUCGUGCGUCGGCAACAUUGUCUGUCGCAUCUUCCCCAAGUACGAGAACAACGAGGGCAAGCGUCGCGAGAUGCUCUCGUGCGCCUGUGCCGCGGGCGUAGCCGUCGCGUUUGGCGCGCCCGUCGGCGGCGUGCUCUUCUCGCUCGAGGAGGUGAGCUACUACUUUCCCAGCAAGGUCAUGUUCCGCUCCUUCUUCUGCGCCAUGGUCGCCGCGGCUACGCUGCGCGCCAUCGACCCGUUUGGCACGGGCAAGAUCGUGCUCUUCCAGGUGACGUACGACAAGGACUGGCACUUUUACGAGAUGCUCUUCUUUGUGCUCAUCGGCAUCUUUGGCGGCCUCUACGGCGCCUACUUCACCAAGCUCAACAUGUUUUGGGCCAAAAACGUGCGCGCAAAGACGUGGAUGGCGCGCCACCCCAUCCUCGAGGUCGUCUUCAUCACCGUCGCCACCGCCGCCCUCUCCUUUUUCAACGGCUACACGCGCAUGGGCGGCGUCGAGCUCAUCGCCGAUUUGUUCAGCGAGUGCCACGAGCACGAGUCGCUCGAGGGCCUCUGCGUCUCGCAGCCCUCGCAGAUCAAGCCGCUCAUCCUCUCGAUCCUCUUUGCCAUGGCGCUCAAGGGCCUCCUCACCGUCGUCACGUUUGGCAUCAAGCUGCCCGCCGGCAUCUUUAUCCCCACAUUGGCGGUCGGCGCCUGCUUUGGACGCAUCGUCGGUCUGCUCGUCCAGUACGUCCAGUGGACGCAUCCGGAGCUGGGCUUCUUCAGCUGGUGUCCUGCGUCGGACUCGGCGUGCAUUGUGCCCGGUGUUUAUGCGAUGGUGGGUGCGGCGGCAGCGCUGUCUGGCGUCACGCGCACAACCGUCUCGCUCGCGGUGAUCAUGUUUGAGCUCACGGGCACGCUGACGUACUCGGUGCCCGUCAUGCUGUCGAUUCUGGUGGCCAAGACGAUCGCCGACGCGCUCGAGCACAAGGGCAUCUACGACCUCGUCAUCGAGUUUAGCGGACUGCCCUACCUCGACAGCAAGACCGAGUACAUCUGGAACGGCGUCAACGUCACGGAUGCCAUGGAGACCGAGGUGGAAGUCAUCUGCCUCGACGCCUUCAACUCGCUCCAGUCGCUCGCGGACAAGCUCGAUCGUCUGGCCCAGGGGUCGGGCUACACCGAUGGCGGAUUCCCGAUUGUCAGCCGCGUCGCUGCCGCUGCGUCGUCGGCCAUUCCAGCGUCUCCGCUGCUUUCGGCUAGUCUUGGAUCGCUGACGGAUGCAGCAGCGCCGAGUUCGGGCUCGGAUUCGGCGUACCAGAUGGUGGGAUACAUCGCUGCGAGCGAGUUGGAGCAUGCCUUGACGCGGGCGGUUCGGGCUGAUGUCGACAUGCGGCCCGAGGUGACACGAUGCUCGUUCAACAACAUCCCCUUUGUGCGCGCCGAGAAUGAGGGCGAAGCAAAUGUGCGCGAUUCGGUGCUGUUUACCGCUUCGGACCCUCUGGAUCUGAGUCGGUACGUCGACAAGGCACCCAUUACGGUGCAGAUCCAUUCGCCGCUCGAGCUGGUGCAUCAGUACUUUACGCGGCUCGGAGUGCGAUACCUCAUCGUGGUCGACGAGCGCGGCCUGUACCGCGGCGUCAUCUUCAAGAAGAGCUAUCUCAAGUUCCUUGACGACCUCGAGAAGCAGUCGGGACAUUGA